AUGCGGCGGCUAUGGCGGUGGUACCAGCAGUGCCUGACCACGCACCCGGUGCGCACGCAGGUCGUCAGCUCCGGCAUCCUCUGGGGCCUCGGCGACAUCGGCGCGCAGGCCGUCACCCACUACUCCACCCGCCCCGACCGCCGCGGCCACGCCAGCAGCCCCCCUGAGGUAGCAGCAGCAACAGCCCCAAUCGGCCACCCUAUUACCGCUCCCUUCCCGGGCGAGGUGCCUAGGGAGGGGGAGACGGACGCAAGAAGGGUCGAAGACGCGGUGGCAGCCCGAGGCGGCGACGGCAAGGAGGGCGGACUCCGCGCGAACAGGCAUAGGCCGCGCGUCACCAGGAGGCCGGCGUCGAACGGACAGGCGGCGGUGGCCGGCGUCGGGCUCCCGCCCGAACACCGGUCGAGACGGAGAGAGAACGGGAGAGAAAGGAGAAAUUGCCGUGACCGUGAGGAGCAGAGCAAGAGGAUAAGUGACAACUUAUAUGAAACUGAUAGUCCUCUUGUGACAAUACGUCAGACAUGGGAUAGGAGGUCUGAAUCGUCAGUGAUGUCUGAUGUCACUCCAUUUGGGAUGGUAUUGGAGCCUUUAUUUUGUGACUUAAGAGGAGAUAAAGAUAAUAUAGACAAUAAAGACUUUAAAGUUGAUUGGAGGAGGGUGGGCAUCACAAGCUCCUUUGGAUUUGCUUUUGUUGGUCCAGUUGGACAUUACUGGUAUGAAUACCUGGACCGCUUCAUCCGGCGGAGAUUUCAGCCUAAUACGUUCAAAUUUGUUGCCUCAAAAGUUGCCGCAGAUGGUUUCCUCUUUGGACCAUUAGACCUCCUCCUGUUCUUCUCAUAUGUUGGUCUCGGUCAAGGAAGGAGCGUAGAGCAGGUGAAGGAAGAUGUGAAAAGGGACUUCAUUCCCGCUCUGGUGUUUGGUGGAACCAUCUGGCCUGCUGUGCAAAUCGCAAACUUCCGCUUCAUCCCUGUGCGGUAUCAGCUCUUGUAUGUGAACUUGUUCUGCCUCUUGGACAGUUGCUUCUUGUCAUGGAUUGAGCAACAGGGAGACGCUUCCUGGAAGCGGUGGUUCACGUCGUUCCAGAAAAUCGAAGACCAGAAGAGUAAGGUGCAGGUGAAGCAGAGCUUUAACCGUGAAAACACCUGCCGGGGAGUGCAGUCUAAACACCUGCCGAGAGCCAAUCUCAUUGCGUGA